AUGUUAGCGGCUUCGUUUGGUGAGAGACGACUCGUUGAGAAGUACAUCCAACGACAAGCAAAGAGGCAGGCAAAGAAUGGGGUCACUGCGAUGCAUUUGGCCGUUAUAUCUGCAAUCUCGCUUCAUAAGUCUAUCAAGCUUCUGCUGCAAGAAAGAGAUCGCUUGGCAACUGACAGCGGCCACCUUAUAGUAGAGGCAGAAGUUCCGCUGACCCACAGCUCUGUGACACCACGAAACACACGAUCUCCACGGUCUAUUAGUAUCCUAACCAAGUCUUGCGGUAGGGGUGACUUGUUUGCGCAGACAGCUGAAAAGGAAUCAGCCUACUCUAGGCCACGUGUCACUUCGUCUAGACGCCCAAUAACAUCGGUACGAUAUCCAAGACAGACGCCGGCUCUAUCUGCUAGUACACGUGUAGGAACACCAAAAAGCAGCUUCAGCUCACGAGGAGGCCAGCAAAUAUCUCCUAGCAUUACCGUACCAUCGAUGCUAUCCUCCUCUCCAAGAAAGAGGAGCGGAAGAUGCGCGGCUUCGCGGUCUGGAGGCUCUAAAACAUCUCCCAUGGCGCGACCGCGCACAACCCAAAUCACAGCCCAAAAGCUUCCUGCUGAAGUUACUAAGCACCGGGCCCAGAGCACGUACGGAACCCAGCUUGACGGGAGCAUAAAGGUACCAGUGCUUCAGCUUGAUAACCUGAGCGGAAAGCAUGUGUCAUUUCCAGAUACUCUCAGGAUAAAGGACGAUGCCAGCGUUGUAGAGUGUAGAAUUAGAAAGCUCAGAUCUCUGUUUCAAGCCUUCGUCGAGAUUAUCCUGCUCCUUAUACCACUAGAAAAACAGAUCUCCCAAAGGAAUGGCCUCACGGUGCUCAUGAUAGCUGCGAAGGCUGAUGUUGUAGAACUAGUUAGACUGCUUGUCAAUGACGAGAAGUUGAUGGUAGAUGCACGCGGAGAGACUGCCUUGAUGAUAGCAGUUAGGAACAAUGCAGCAGCAUCUGUCAAAGGGCUGCUUAGCCACGAGGCAACCCGUGCAUCUGCCAAUCGUGAACGCUAUACCGCAUUGCACCUAGCAGUGCAAACGAAUAACAGCAUUCUUGUUGAGCAGCUAGCAACUCUAGAGAAUAAUAUUCCACAGGCAUGCUACACGUUAAAAGACUUUCCUAACAGCAGGAAUGCGCACGCCUUGAUCAACGUGACCGCCCUCAUGAUGGCGUCUAUCGGUAAUGCUCCAGAAUGCGCUCUGAUUCUCUCCAGAUACGAGGCCGGGCGCCACGAGCAGCUCUUCGGCUAUACUGCGUUGAUGCUUGCCGCAUACUUCAAUCACUCAGCCAUUGUAGAGCUUCUUUUACAUCCUGAAUCGAGGGAGACUAUGCGCAACGGCUGGACAGCGCUCAUGGUUGCCAGCAGCAGAGGAAACCUUCGCUGCUGUGCUAAGCUGGCAACUUGCGAAUCCAAGCUGACCGCUCAGGGGCUGACUGCGCUCAUGCUAGCGUGCAAGCACAAUUUCCUCAACAUUGUGACGCUUCUCUAUCCGCUCGAAUCAAGCAUCUAUCACAAACGAGUAAGAAACGGGGUUGUGGAGCGUUGGUCCUGUUUAACAUAUGCGGCUGCAAAGGGGAGCACAGAGGUGGUAAUGUUUCUCUUGGAACAUCACCCCUCUCGAGAAGACAUACGAUUGGCUGCGAGCUGCUCACAUAACCCAAAGAUAUCAAUCCUACUGUCAGCGCACCAUUAA